AUGGGUUUAUCAAAUAGUACUUCAAGAAAAAGAAAAGCACAUGAUCGUUCUCGUUCGCCAGCUUCUCAACGCGAUGAAUCACCAACUCGCCCUUCACCACCAUCAGCAACAUCCCAACAACCACAAGAGUCCGAUUUUAAAGUAACGAAAGAUGCCACUAGUCAAAUGGCAGGACAAACUAAUACAACAACAUCAUCAUCAUCGCCAUCGAAUGAUCAACAGGUGCCAUCUAAUGAUACACCUGUAUCAAUAAAUAUUUCUUCAACUCCUCUACGUGAUUCCAAUACAAUUGCUUUAGAAAAACUUGAACAAAUUAAACAAAAUUUAGCUGAUUUAAAUCAACAAGUUGAUGCAUUUACUGGUUUAACACGUGAUGAUCGUAUAUAUAAAGAACUUGAUGAACAAGCAUUAAAAAUGAUGAUACGUUGUGAUGAAUUAAUUGAUGUUAGUGUUGAUAUAAAAGAAAAACGUAAAGAAAUGGUACGCAAUGUACAAACAGUUCUUGCUAAACUUGAAUCUAAAGUACCAAUGAAUUCAACUAUUGAAAAUAAUAGUAAUCAAAUGGAAACGACACUUAUUAUUCAUGAUCCAUCAACAAAUCAUACUGAACAACAACAAUCUUCAGAAACUCAAAAGGAAGAAACAUCGGUAGAACGAUCUACGUGA